AUGUCUCCCUUCCCCUUCCUCUCUCUGCCUCCCGAAGUCCGCCUCCAGAUCUACGCCUACCUCAUCCCCAACCUCCCCAUCCGCAACUUUUCGCUCAUCCGCAAUAAGCGCCCGCCGCUGCGAUCCGACGGCAAAAGCUGCUGCCCCGCCAUCCUCCGCGCCAACCACGUCAUCCACACCGAGGCCAUCCGCGAAUGGUACAGCGCAACCACCUACGAAGUCAUCGUCGACGCCAAAUACCUGCUCUUCUGCGGCAACAUCCUCGCCCCCUAUGAACCGCUUCCCUCCACCAUCCGCCAUGUCUCCUCCAUGCGCCUCUGCAUCGCCCUCCAGCGCACCCCGCAGCACCUCCUGCGCCCGACCACCUCGCCGCUUGAACACCUGAUGGGAUUCCAGGACCGGCUGGUCACGCUGGGCAAGGAGCUAGGGGAUCCCGUGGGUCGGCGGCUGCGCCAGCUGCAGGUGGAGAUUGCGGUGGACGUGCCGCUGUUGUUGAGUCUGAGCAAGACGCCGGCGGAGUUGGUGGAGCUGUUGCGGUGGAAUCUGGAUCCCGUGCGGGAGAAUGUGCGCGGUGUGGAGGCGGUGCGGUGGGAGGUGAAGGAGCAGAGCUAUGGGAUUCAGAGCCGGGAGUUUCUAUCGGCGUAUGGGGAGUUGCGGACGGUGAUGUAUCGCUUUCUGGAGGAGAUGAGGGAGGAUAUGAUGGAGGAGGAGUUUGCGGUGUGA